GAACAUAGCUUCACACUACAUUUCACGUACCAUGCUAACUCUGAAUCUCAACUGUAUAUCGUCGGGGAAGCUUCACAGAAGAAUGCGAGAGAGGCUUUCAUGGAUACGCUGUUCAGGCAGAAGACACAAGGCUAAAAUGGCAAGUGCUAUCCAUUUACUCAGGAAGCGGAGGGAGGCCCGCUGAGGCCCGACAUCAAAUGUCUAAGCUUUAAAGGCUUGGUGCUCCAUGUUUAGGGUUAGAGAUUCGCCCGAUCUGCCAGGUCUUUGUCUUUAAGUAAAGACGCGUGCUCGGGCUCACCUCCCCACCUUCGCCAGCUCACCUCUCGACCUACCCAUGCAGACUUCCCAUACGACCAAAGUAAUCUCCAACACAGCGCAGCUAUCGCUUGCCUCUUCGUCGGCGACACACAAGGACGCCGUUGUGCUGCUGCUUGGGCCUCCAAAGUCCAGGGCUGCUGCCCACGCCAGCCAGAGACCUCUCGAAGUCUUCGACUAUUCGCAGCUCCCCCUGCUCCUUCAUUGCUUUCCAAAUGUCACCAUGAUCUCGUGCAGACACGUCCUCUGGGCGCCCUAUGAUAUCUCGCGCGCAUUUCUCACUCCCGCAGACGACGCUUACGCGUACUUUUAUGUUACGCGCCCGAGCCCCCCAGUUACGGAUCGAGACGACCGGUUGGCCGUCCUGCGCGGCAAGACCGACGUGCAGCUGGCGUUGCCCAGAAACGACCUCCUCUUCCGCACCGCGCCGCCGCCGAGCACGCGUCUUCUACCCACGUCCAACGUGCGCAUCGUAGACUUCAGCGUCUUCCGCCUGGCGCCGAAGGACGUGGAGUCGCUGCAGGCCGCGGCAGAUCCGUCGACAGCUUUCCGCGAGGCCGUGCUUCACGUCCGAAACCAAGACACUUUCAAGCCGGCGGGGGACUGCCUUUCCACUAUCGGCACAAGGCUGGAGGACCUCACUGUACGCUGGCUCACCCCGCUCUCCCUAGGCAAGACACACGUCGACGCUCUCUGCGAAGCACUGCACAUUCGGUCCUGCACUUCCCUUUCUUCACUCACCCUUUGCCACACCCUCGUCCCCGGCGCUUCCUCCGCCGUUCACACCCAGUGGCUGCUCAACUUGGCGCUCCUGCAGAGCGUGCCGGCGUGCUCCGUCCGCCGUCUCAGGCUCGUGGUCGUCGUCCCCGGAAACGGCCUCUGCCGCAACAUGUGGGGCCAACUGAAGCAGACGAGGUGGUGUGACCUAGAUGCAGUGCUUCACCGUUUCACCGCUCUCAAGGAGGUCGUGAUUGCCGUUGUAGGGGAAGGGCCGGAGGACAGUGAAGUUUGGCAGGAGAUAGAAUAUUCUCUGUCUAGAGUUGUACCGAAUGGCGUCCGCCUGAGGUAUUGCCAGGGCUGCGUUUUCUAGCCAGCGCACACACUCAUCAGCAUGAGCUUACGACGACUUCGGUUAUUGAUUCACGAAAGAAUCAUCGCAAUAUGUUGGCGUGUGUCCCAGAUACUCGAAUGCUCACAUUUUUUGUUGAUUGGCUGUGCCUUUCCCCUGUAGAUUACUAGCGAGUCGCACUUCCUAGUGAGACAUGUACAAUAGAAGUAUCACAAUAUUUACGAUGCCUUGAUCGCAUGUCUAUUGACCAACAUGUCUUGUGAU